GUGGUCACCCCUCCCGUGCACACAGCGCCUGCGCCCAAGGACCUUGACUCGUCCUCCCUGCAGCGAUUCCCAGCAGGAAUUCCCAGUGAUUCCCAGCAGGAUCUCCCAGUGACUCCCAGCGAUUCCCAGCACUGAUUCCCAGCAGGACACUGGUCGGAGCCAGAGGGGGCCCAGCCGGGACUGAUCGCUGUCCCCCGUGUGUCCCUCCCUGGGCACGGGGCAGGCGCGGUGCCAGGCCAGGCUGGAGGGUGCCCGGGUUAGCAUGACCGAGGUGGAACCCGUGCUGGACUUCGCAUCCUCCGGCAGGACGGGCCGGCGCAAUGCCCUGCCCGACAUCCUGGGCUCGCCCGCCGGCGUCAGCCCCGCGGACCUGCCCCUCAAACUGGCCGAGAUGUCCCUGAGCGCAGGCAGCGCCCAGGACAUGCAGUCGCCCUCAGCGGAGGUGCCCCCUCCGCAGCCCCCCAGCCCCGAGCUGAAGGACACGUCCUAACCCCGCCCGGGGGGGACACUUGUGACCGGCGGAGGCAGGAGGAGGCUGUGGAGCAGCAGCCCGGCUUUCCUGGCACAGCCGGAGUCCGCUGGGAUUUCCUCGGUGCUGCCGCAGCGAGCCCCUGGGGCGCCCCCGGCCAUGGGGCAGCAGCGCGUGGCGGGGACGCGGCGGGGACACGGAGGGGACCUGCUGUGACAAAGGGUGAUUCCCACCCACGCCCUGGGCCAGGA